AUGGUGUCGUCCCAGCCCCCUGACACGGGCGAUGCCUACACCUUGCAGUACAUGUUGUAUGGACAUACUCGGGGCGUCACAUGCCUGUCUUUCUCACCCGAUGGUGAGAAAUUAGCGACGGGCGGUGCGGAUGCGCUUGUGAACAUAUGGCAAGUCCGGUCAGGGCGGCUGCUGCAUACCGUCGCAGGGCAUACGCAGGGCGUGAAUGGCUUGUGCUGGACACGAGAUUCAUGCUAUGUCGCAAGUGUAUCCGAUGACAAAACGGUGCGUCUGUGGGAUGCGGACACGGGACGACUUGUACGCACGCUCCUUGGGCAUACGUCGUACAUCAUGUGCGUCGCAUGUCAUCCGCUAAGUACGCUGCUGGUCAGUGGUGGAUUUGACGAGACCAUUCGCCUAUGGGACAUGCAGCGAGGCACUUGCCACCGUGAGAUUGCGGCACACUCCGAGGCAGUCACGAGCUUGGACUUUUGUGCUGACGGCACCAUGAUCGCCAGCAGCUCGUACGAUGGCCUAAUUCGACUGUGGGAUACCAAUGCGGGCCUGUGCCUCCGCACGCUGCAGCACACCGAUCAGGCGCCUGUCGGCUCCGUCCAGUUCUCGCCGUCAUCGCUGCACCUUCUCGCAUCCAGUCUCGAUCAUGUGGUGCGCCUUUGGGACAUUGCCAAUGCGCGCGUCGUCAAGUCCUACACGUCCCACAAGAAUGCCCAGUAUGCCGGUACGAGCCUCUUUGUGUUGGACGGCACACAUACCCGCGUCGUCUGUGGCAGCGAAGACCACUGCGUCUACGUAUGGGAUGUGCAGACCAAAGAGGUCGUGUGCAAACUUGCCGCCCACCGAGACGUCGUCUCCUGCGUCGCUGUGCACCCCACGCGACCCCUGCUCGCCUCGGGCAGCCUGGCCCAGGACGCCAGUGUCGCCCUGUGGUGCGCUCCACAUAGUACGAUCACGUGA